AUGUCACCCGAGGACGGGCAAGAGACAUUGGGAAGUUCUGAUGUGAUUGUUUGGCAUGAUCAAACCGACAAUGCCAAAACCUCUCGGCCCAAUCAGGAGCGUCUCAAACCAGAUGUUGGCCAUGAUAUUUCGCUUUUCCCAAACCCAAUUACCAUUCUCCCUCCUCUGGUACCACUCAUAGAUGAGAUCACUGGUCGAGGGAGAAUCAUAUCGUUAUUCACCCCAGAGCCUUAUCCUCAAACCCCAAGCCAGCCGUCUCCAAAUUUACAGUCGCUCUACACUUCACCUCCCAUUAGUACUUCCUUAGUACCGGUGCAGUUAUCCCGGAAUAUACCUGUGUACACAAACAAUACUUUGAAGGAGCGCGCAGAGUACGAGGCAAGUCGAAUCGUUCACCAGGUCAAGACUUUUGCAGGAUCAGGGCAAACAUCUUUUAUCCACUGCUCUCAAACCAGCAACUCUACAGCAUUACGAGAUGCUUUCGCUGCGUGCUGCCUAUACACAUCUCGUAACUCGGCCAAUGCAACUCUUGUGGCAUCGGAGAUUUCACAAAGAGCCGGACUACUCAUACAGGCGACAGACACAGCAAUCGCCUUGAGUCCUCCGACUUCUCCAUCGACUAUGGGUCUCGAUCUCCUACCCUCUGUGCAGGCCAUGCUGAUAUAUCAGUGUAUCCGGCUAUUCUCGGAAGACAGCUCACUACAAGAACAGGCUGAGCAGGACGCCAAGUCACUAGCGAGAUGGGUUGACAUCUUGCAAGGACAGACCCAAGAAACCUCCUCCAGCAAUCCAAAGCCUAAUCAUUCUUGGCAAGAUUGGGUCCGCUCAGAGAGCAUUCAACGAACCCUAAUUUUUGCAGAUCUUGUCGAGAGUAUCUACACGUUCCUCAAAUUCGGCUGGUACCAACCCAGUCCAAGGCUGGCUGAGCUAGGCUUCACAGGCCACGCAUCCAUAUGGAACGCAAGGUCACGGACGGAGUGGCAACAAGCCAGAGAGCAAAAGACCUGGCUGAGGUUGGAGAUGUCAACGUUCCGCCACAGCGUCAAGGGGGUUUCUUUGGAUACGCUUGAUGAAUUGGGGAUUAUGAUCUUGGGUAGCUAUGAGGGCUUUGAGGUGUUGAAGAAGUGGGCUGGUGAAGAUAGGAAAUUGCUUGAGAGAUGGGGGUUAAGCCCGGGAGGUAAUAACCCUUUCGCAUAG